AUGAACAAAAACGGAACAGCUAAAAUGAAUGAUAAUCAAAUAAGAGCAGAAGGUAGAAGGUUAUUUAAACGCUUCUAUAACAUUCCUGAUGGUGUUAAUCCUAAAACUCGUAGAAGUUAUUUAAAUGAAGCCAUAGAUGCAUAUGAAGGAUUUGACAUUUCAUCAGAAAGUGAGAGGUUAGCAAGAAUGUUAAACGUUAAUAUUGAUUUUUAUUAUUGUGACCCUCAACCGGAAGACGUAGACAUAAAUAAGGUAGACUUUCCAUUAGUGGAUUCAAUAAUGAUAGAUCCAGAAUUUGAAACAGUAAAUAUUUUAUUAACACAGAGUCCAUGUGGAAAACUUCACGCUGACAGAAUAACAGACGUUGAAGCACUCACCGGCUAUAAAGUUUGCCCCUUUUGCAAAGAAGAAGUUUAUUCUAUCCGUGAUGAUCCAGAAAGGAAAAAUCAAAGAAGAUUUUUAAAACAUUGUGAGAAAUGUAAAGAAAAUAAUGGAAGAUUAAUUCAAGACGUUCAAUUGCAAAACACACAACAACCAUAUGCACCACAUAUCACGAAACAGAAGAUAUAUCAAUGGCUAUUAGCACAUAAUUUGCAGGAAUAUUAUAAACCAACAAGAUAUUAUAUUACUUUUGACUUCGAAACAUUAGAGACUAAAGAAGAACUUCAACUUUCUGAAUGUGCAACUUUGAACGCUUACUUAAAACCAUUUAUGGUAUCAUCAACUGUCAAAAUAAAGCCGCAAAGUGGCGAGGUCGUAGACCGUGAUAAAACAUUUACGAGGAAUUUUUGCUUAACUUCGAGUGAUUCUUUUAUUUCUGAUUGGAUUGA